AUGACGGACUCCAUGGAAAGCGUGGAUCUUCAGUUGUUCCGAGACAUCAGCGUGCCCAAACGCCGCGACUACCAUCGACUUUCAAACUCUCCAACUCGCGACCAACCGCUCGACGACGACUAUUUUGAGAAGAUGUGCCAAAGUGAGUACUUAAACUAAAUCUAUCGAAAAAGCAUGACUAUGCUUUUUGAAGCAGAUUAGUGUUUUAUUAAAGUUCUCAGCGACCUUCAAGACUUUUACAACGUUUGAAGAACUAGAAAUUCUUUUAGAAAAUACUAUUCCAAUUGAGGACUUAGAGUUUCCGUUUUCAGAUUGAUAUUUUGUUUGAAACCUUUUUGGGAGUUUUUUCUUAUUCCAGAACCUCUCAUCCAGUGCAGCACUCCGGCCAAAAUGAACAUGGCCGAUGUUCCGCUGAGCGAAAACGACAUCAUGCUCACUAUUAACGAGGUUCAUUUUUUCUUGGCUCGGAAUGAGAACUGAACGUUGUUUGAUUCCAGAACUUCGAAGAACCGGCGAAGUCUCCGGACAUAGUUUCCGAUAAGGAGAGUGUGAUCACGACGAUUGAAGUGAAGCCACCGGGAAGGGCGCCGCUCAAGAUUGCUCCGGCCAACGAAACCGACAAUAUUGGUUGGGAUUCGAUCUAUUUCUCCUUCAAUCGUUUUUCUUCAGAAGACCUGUCUCGGCUGGCCCUGUUCGCCCCAAAACAGCCGCUUCGGCUGACGCAGCGUCGCCGUUCUGAACGUCAGCAACAGGAGGCCACCGGCCGGAGUAUUCCAGCUCCAAAGACGCGUUCCCGGACUCCCAGCGUUUCUUCGAGGGCUGCUGUGGUGAAUGAUCAAAUCAUUGGCUUUAUUGGCCUUCCCCUUAACGAAAUGUGUUCCAUUAUUAAAUUUUCAAAAGUCGAACCGAUUCUGCCAGAAACCUUUCUUUUAUUCAUUAAAAAGUCUUUUUCAUUCGAUUUUUUGGUAGUCGUGUGGUUUCAACUAGAGCAGCAUAGAGUGAAAUAAUUCAGAAUAACUGAAAACCUCACUAGGAGGAUGCCGAGAACACUCCUUGAGAUACCAGAUGAAAAUCGUGAAAGUCUCAACCUGCCAAAAUCCCUAUCUAUUGGCCCCUCAUGUUCAAAUAAAACGUCAAAAUAAGCUGUUUUCGGGUUUUGAGACCUUAUUUCUCGGAGUUCAAAAAGUUGUGCAGGUUGAACCUUUUAGAAUCUUCACUGUCAAGGAGUUUUCUGUGAAACUUCCGUGCAAAUCCCAAUCACAAAGUGAAAUGACUUUCCUAUUCAGUGCAAUCCAUUCACUUGGAAAGAGUAUUGCAGGAACCUCUUAUUUUGGUUUACUAUUUUGCUAAUUGUAGAAUAUUUCAAGCCAACGGCUUUUGACAAUACUUUAUUUGAAGUUAGGUUACUAGAAUUGAACCUUUAGUAGCAGAUAUUUGAUUUUCGUUGGUCCAAGGAAUUUAAGGUGAAAAUGUUCUGGUUUCGUGAAAAUCAGGAAAUUUUUCGCAAAAUCAAUUUUUUUCCCCCUGAACACCAGUCUUUGCCUUUAUUGACACAUAUUUAUUUCAUUUAACUUGACAUUUCAGGGAGCUCACAGAAGCUCUUCUUCGGUGAGGAGUUCGUCAGCCGUCAGAGCUCCUCCAGCGACCUCAGCAGUCGCUCCUCGGAGCGCCUCCGUUACCCGAGGCGUCAUGGCGGCUCGUCGAGAACGGACGCCUUCUGUUGCGCGACCGGCGCCUCAAGCCAUUUCUGAUGGUCCAGUCACUCGUUCGAAGGCGCGUAUCGCCGCGGCUUCUGGUACUCCCGUCACGGCCGCUGUCACCAGGUAGCCAAUGGGAAUAAGAAUUUCUGAGAAUCAUAAAUGAUAGACCGGUUGUGUCGUCCCGCCGCAGUGACGUCGAGAAGUUGGAACGCAAGAUGGGCGUGAUGUCCAUCGGCGGAGGCCACGAGCCCAGGAACCGCGCGCCGCGAGGCAAUACCACCGGAACGACGGCCGGACGUCGCAGCAACUCCGUCACUCGUCCGAAGCCGGCACCCGCCGUUUCCUCCACCAACAGUUUGCUUUCACUUUUCAUUGAGUUUUAGAAUUUGAUGAAACUUGGCCGAGUUAUACUCUGAUUAAAAUCCUAGGUAUUUUCUCAUUUGUAUUACUUCUCUUCCUCCCCUCUCUCUCUCCGUUCAAAAUUUAAGGACUUUUGCGCUCAAUCCUUCCCGACUCGAGAAGCGAGAUAGUUAGGUUGGUAAGGAUGAAGCGUUGCGUAAGCUACGCGGCUCGAGGUCAAAUGAAAGCCGCAUUUGUUCCAUCUUUCCUUUUUAACAAUUUUUCAAUAACUUUUUAUUUUUAUAGUUUUGAAAAAAGUUCAGUUGAACGAAUAAAAGUAUGAAAAUAACAAAAACCAAUUUAUUUUACUGCUCUCAUGAUUGCGCUUGUCCUCAAGUUUCCCUCCAAAAAGCCGCGACGCGUACGCAAUGCGAGACCCUUGCCAGUCUGUUUUUCCUGAACCUUGAUCAUGGUUCUUUAUAGCAAAUAAGGGAGUGCAUUCUUAUUCUGUUAGUGGGCUUUCAGGCCUGCGGCCAGAUAUCUCAGCGGAUGUACCCCUAUUAAAACCGUUUUUUUUUUGGAUGUCUGUGUCUCAGUCUCGCCGGAACUACGAAAUUCAAUGAUUUUUGUUUAAGAUACUGCUGCUCGUCCAAUGGCCACAAUCAGGCGCUCGAACAUGCAUCGGUUGACAAACGAUGGAAAACCGACUUCGAAGCCGGAAAACGCGGCUGUUCCCCAGCAGACUGUACAGAAGCCCGCCGUUGAACAGGCCAAGCCGAAGGUCGACAUGGCGGUUCGCAGCCGACCGGCGCCACUUCGUAUCGCUCCGAGUCCUUCCAAGCCGGUCAGGAAGAGUGGCUCGACGGAAAUCGGCGCUCGUCUGCCUCUGACUUUGGCUCAUCGACGCUCCAAAGUCGUUCCUCCUGCACCUGCGCGCACCAACGCGACUCCGGUCCGCCCUCCUGUUGCAGCCGAACCGGUUUAGUACCCAUUUCAGUUAAUAGAAAAAUGUUUCAAUGUAGGUGAGAGCUUUGAAAAAAUAUCGAAAUAAAUGAGCAAAGUUCAGAUCUUGAUCUUUUUAAAUUUAAUUGAGGCUGGUUUUUAUUCGAAAAAGUAACUCUAGGCCGUCGAAAAACGUUGUUUAAACAAUAAAGCUCUUUUUUAUCUCUACAUAUCAAUAUCCCUGUUUUUCCAAAAAUUGAAAAAAAAAGCUUCAAAGCUUGAGCUAACUACGAGUUAAGAUCGUUGAUUUUUGAAACCAGUUUCACAUGAAAACUCGAUUAAUUUGGUCAUUCUUAAACAUAAUUGAUGUCGAAUUAUUUUUUGUAGAAGGUCGCCAAAACCCUGAGAAGGUCUGACAUGCAAUCUCUGGUUGAUCGGCUCUCGACGCCUAAAAAUCCGACGAAUCGCCGUUCGACUGUACGCGAGAGCCGAAAAAGCGUCCAAGUGCCGAAUUUCGUCCGCUCUACCAGCAAAUCUGGGUUAGCUUUGGCUCAACACGCUACUUUCAGGAUUUCUCCUUAAAAAGUUCAUGUCAUAACACUUCUCCGAGUAUGAGUUUUGAAGUAUUUUGUUAACAAAAAUGAUAAAAUAUAUACUAAAACUUCAAUUCAAAACGUAAUUUUUUUUGAUGUGAACCUUUCUCAAAACUUCUAGGUCUGGUUUUCGAUCCAUUUACGUAUCGGCUUCUACGUGACCAACUUAAAAAUGAUCCCUCUUAAGAAAUGUUACUUUUCGGUGCUAUAAUAAAAUCUUGUCACUUUACUUCGAAGAAAUAAAAAACUGAAAAAAAAAUUUUUACUUCAACCUGAAAGACCUUUUCAAAUAAAGUAAAAUCCUGAAAAUCAAUCUCUAUAUCUUCAAAAAAGCUCGUAUUUUGGCUUCAAAAACUUAUGAAGGAAAAAAAAACUCUUUACCCCAUGAACAAACUGUAUUUAUAGAUCGAAAAAGCUCAAUUGGUCUUUUUUCAGACUUGCCUGUCAGUUUUUGAACAGUUAUUUUUUUGAUUCCAGAUAUUUCUAAUGAAUGAAUCUGUAAUUCUAGUAUAGUUCAGAAGUAAAAUUGAAUGCGUGAGAACGUGAAGUUUUCUUAUUUUCAGUUUUAUGAAACUUUCCUAGCUCAGAUUGCAUGCCCAAAAAAUUUCAAUUUUACCGGCUUUGAAUUCAUUUUUGCUUUACGAUUCAUGUUUUGAUGGAGAUGCGUUUUUUUUGAAGAAAGAAUAAAUUUCUGCAGAUGCCCGACCGUCGGCGGAACUCACGGCCUUCGCGACACCCCCAAGGCGAGGAAAUUCACGGGCUCGAAUCGGUCGCUGGCCAGCAACCCUGUUGAGUCCAAACAGUAG